AUGUCUCUUAAGCGCAAGGCUUCGUUCCCGACCAUUGCCUCCCCCAAUACGGAUUCAUUCACGCUCGAGCUCUUAUCAAUGGACGAUUCCCCCAAACAUCUCAGCAGUCGCACGCGAAAGCGAUACAGGAACGAUCGCCCUGAGGACAAAGUUGUAUAUGAGAAUACCCUCCGCUGGCUAUUCACAGCCCAGCAGCAACAAGGCCCCACGGCUUCCCCCGAGGCAGACGAGAACAUGGAUCUGACGACGCUCUCCUCGUCGGAGAUAGUCGAUCCGCGCCAACAAACCCUCCACAAGUUCUUUCAACCCUCUCAAACAUCGUCAUUCCAGCCUCGCGCGAACCAUCUCCAUCAACGCCCCCACGCCAACCCCCCAUCCAAUAACAUCUUCCCGCAACGCCCAGACUUCGAUAUGGUUUCAACUGUCACUUUGAUCAGUCGCGACACCAGCAGUCCGUCGUCUCACGGUGCCAGCACCGGCAUGGACAUGGACCUGGACAUGGGUCCUAAUCGCGACGACCCAGGCCAGGAUAUAAGGAAAUGGAUGGGUAGACACGGAUGGAUGCCAUAG